AUGUCCUUGUUCUUCGCCAGCCCUUCGCCUUUGAUUGGAGUGCUGCUGCUCUCAGCCGUGGCCGCGAUCCGCGAUCAAAAGGUGAUCUCCAGUCAACAUUCCGGAUCAGAGGAUGUAACUUGGGCUUUUGCCCGGCGCCACUCCGACACAGCCGCCACUUUGGAACCGGAGGACCCCGACGAGGUUGUUGUGCGAGGCCAUUGGAAGUAUGAUGAUGCUGAGGCGAACUACGACUGGUUGAAGCCAACCAUCAAGGAAUGCGUCGAGAAGUACACAUACCCGAGCACUAACGUCAAGUUUUGCCAGCAGAUGGCCCAGUGCAUCAGAGACGCAUGCGAGAAGAACUGGUCCGGAGAAAGUACCGGGCACCAGGUCCUCGUAGACGCGCAGGAGACCGGCAACGUAGCGGGCUUCACUGCUUCCAUUCCGUUUGGCGAUUAUGGCCACUUGUAUUUGAAGUACGGGAAGAUGGCCAUCGUCCUCUUCCGCUAUCUCAAGUAG